UGGUCGGGGCUGCUGGGAGUGGGGCUCCUCCCGUCUCUGCACCUGGGGAGGGGGAACAGGGCAAAAGCGAGGGGGCAAGACUGGAGAGGAAGGAGAGAGCGUGGAGUGAGCCGCUCGUUCGCCGAGGACUGUUGCGGAGCUGGCGGGGGCUUCAUGCUGCACGCACUGAACUUGCAUGGCGAGGGAUCCGAGAGGGGCACACGCUGGCAGCAUGGCACAGCCCGGGCUCCUCCUGCGGGGCUCUUGUAAAGUUUGCAGCCCGGUUUACCCCCUGCUGCUGCUGCUGCUGCUCUCUGCUUGCGUGCCGGCGGCGGAGGGGCAGUAUAAUGGGGAGAAGGGCAUCUCCGUCCCGGACCAUGGAUACUGCCAGCCCAUCUCUAUCCCACUGUGCACGGAUAUCGCUUAUAACCAGACCAUCAUGCCCAAUCUGCUGGGGCACACCAACCAGGAGGACGCGGGGCUGGAGGUGCAUCAGUUUUACCCCCUGGUCAAGGUGCAGUGCUCCCCGGAGCUCAAGUUCUUCCUCUGCUCCAUGUAUGCCCCAGUGUGCACGGUGCUGGAGCAGGCGCUGCCCCCGUGCAGGUCCCUGUGUGAGCGGGCCAGGCAGGGCUGCGAGGCUCUGAUGAACAAGUUCGGCUUCCAGUGGCCGGAGACUCUCCGCUGUGAGAAGUUCCCGGUGAACGGGGCAGGGGAGCUGUGCGUGGGGCAGAACACAUCUGAAAAGGGCACCCCAACCCCUGCCCUGCCCGAGCUGUGGACCAGCAACCCCAACGUCAGGACAUCGUACAGGGACAAGUUCACCUGCCCCAGGGCGCUCAAGAUGCCCUCCUAUGUGAACUACCACUUCCUGGGGGAGAAGGACUGCGGAGCCCCCUGCGAGCCCGGCAGGGUUCACGGCAUCAUGUACUUCUCCCAAGAGGAGCUGCGCUUCUCCCGCAUUUGGAUAGGCAUCUGGUCGGUGCUGUGCUGCGCCUCCACCCUGUUCACGGUGCUCACUUACCUGGUGGACAUGAAGCGCUUCAGCUACCCGGAGAGACCCAUCAUCUUCCUCUCCGGCUGCUACACCAUGGUAGCCAUAGCCUACAUCGCCGGCUUCUUGUUGGAGGAUAAGGUGGUGUGCAACGAGCAUUUCGUGGAGGAUGGCUACAAAACGGUGGCACAGGGCACCAAGAAGGAGGGCUGCACCUUCCUGUUCAUGAUGCUCUACUUCUUCAGCAUGGCCAGCUCCAUCUGGUGGGUCAUCCUUUCCCUCACUUGGUUCUUGGCAGCUGGCAUGAAGUGGGGGCAUGAAGCCAUAGAAGCCAAUUCCCAGUACUUCCACCUGGCUGCCUGGGCAGUGCCUGCCAUCAAAACCAUCACCAUCUUGGCAGUGGGGCAGGUGGAUGGGGAUAUCCUGAGUGGGGUGUGUUUUGUAGGAAUCAACAAUGUGGAUGCACUGCGUGGAUUUGUCCUGGCCCCACUUUUUGUUUACUUGUUUAUUGGCACUUCCUUCCUCCUGGCUGGCUUUGUAUCCCUCUUCAGGAUAAGGACCAUCAUGAAACAUGAUGGAACCAAAACCGAAAAGCUAGAGAAGCUGAUGGUAAGAAUUGGAAUCUUCAGUGUCCUCUACACGGUCCCGGCCACCAUUGUCAUUGCUUGCUACUUUUAUGAACAAGCUUUCAGGGAACAGUGGGAGAAAAGUUGGGUUAGCCAGAGCUGCAAGUCCUAUGCCAUACCCUGCCCCAGUACCCAUCACCCACCCAUGACUCCAGACUUCACUGUCUUCAUGAUCAAAUAUCUCAUGACCUUAAUAGUGGGAAUAACAUCUGGCUUCUGGAUCUGGUCUGGAAAAACGCUAAAUUCCUGGAGAAAGUUCUACACGAGACUUACCAACAGUAAACAAGGGGAGACUACUGUGUGAUGGUGACAAUCCAAUGUGGGAUUCUUGUACACUCUGUAUGCUUUUUCUUUGUAAAUAACAACUGUAACAUUUUGUAAGUAUAUUUUAUAUUUAAAUGACAACAGAUCAUGCCUUUUCAUGGUAGGAAUGUUCUAACUUUUUUUGUUGGGAUCUACGGUUUCCUGGACCUUUUGGGGGAACUUUCGAUCCCCAAAGCCAUCUGCUUGAAGAUAAAUGCUUUGGGAAAAAAAUCUUUGAAGAAAAAAGAACUUUUAUAGCACUUGUGACCAGCUUUUAUCUUUUUGCUUAACAAAA